AGAGGCUUUCAUUCAAGUGUGACCAAGUCUGGUGCACAAUAGACUCAUUGGGGGGCCCCGCGCGUUGAUUGGCUGCCAGGGAGGUGCGAGCGAGUUCCGCCGCCCUCCACGACAGAUGCUCUCGCUCUGUCCAAGUCUGAGCACCACAACGCGGGCAGACCGGGAAAAAAAGGCGAUCGUGGGCGGACAAACCGAGGGGGGAGCUUCCUUCGGUUCAACCGGCGACUCGCACCAAAACGCAUGUGAAAGGAGCGAAGCGAAUCUUUUGACGCAGCCGACAACGUCGUCGUAGUUUGUGCUCCUCUCAUGCAGCGUGACCAUGGAUGGCACUCACAAUGGGGUUCAGGUCGGAGAAAACAAGUUCAUCAGCAAGGCAACGCUCCUCUCGCAUUUGAAAACAUACAACCUCUACUAUGAAGGACAGAAUUUACAGCUCAGGCACAGAGAGGAAGAGGGGGAGCUGAUUGUAGAGGGCCUGCUGAACAUCUUUUGGGGCCUGCGGCGACCAAUCAGGCUGCAGAUGCAGGACGACCACGAGCGCAUCCGUCCCCCUCCUUCUUCUACGUCCUGGCACUCGGGUUGCAUUCUGGACAGUCAAGGCUCCCCAAACAACGCAGACGGUGAACAAAAGCCACCCGAGACUCCGCCCACUGUGGAAGUGACGGCACCUGCCAACCAAUCGGAAGACAACGGUGUGAUGGAGGAGCAUGCUGAAGAGGACAGUGAGAGCUCAGCUCAGCUCCUCAGAACCAAGAGCGACGCCGGGGUUCUAAGGCGCAUCCACCGACGCUCCCCCAGCGACCAGAGGAAGAUCCGACGCCAUCGCUUCUCCAUCAAUGGACACUUCUACAACCACAAGACAGCCGUAUUCACGCCUGCUUUCGGCUCGGUGACCAACGUUCGCAUCAACAGCUGCAUGACGACGCCUCAGGUGUUGAGAGUUCUCCUCAACAAGUUUAAGAUUGAAAACAGCCCAGACGACUUUGCGCUCUACCUGGCGCAUGCUAGUGGAGAGCGAGUGAAGCUGAAGCGCAGUGACUUCCCUUUGGUUUGGAGAGUCAUGCAGGGUCCGUGUGAGCAGGUGUGCAAACUGUUCCUCAUGGAGGAAGACCUGGGAGAAGAAGUAACAUAUGAUGUGGCGCAGUAUAUCAAGUUUGAGAUGCCGGUGCUGCAGAGCUUCAUCACCAAGCUGAAGGAGGAGGAGGAUAGAGAGGUGCAGAAGCUAAGAAGAAGGUACAACGUCUUGCGUUGUAUCAUCGAAAAGCAGCUCGGCUGUCUUCCGGAAGGCCCCGCAUGUAUGUGAACACCAGCUGCCACCAGCAUCACGUCAAACGUGUCGGACGACUCCAAGCUUCAAACGCACAAGACACCAAGCGAGGACGCCAUCUCGAUAUGUGCGCUUUGGAUGACGGAGACAGAAGGUUACAUUGGCCAGUCAUCCGUUUUCUAUUGUCCUCGUUCGGGUCACAAGUGAGCUGGAGACUAUAGCUGACUUUGGGUCACACCCUGGACUGUCACGAGACACCUUUUGACAAACAAACAUUGACUUUCAAUUGAGAGGCCUUAAUGACCCUGCCUGACCUCUCAACUGCGACCAAGACUUUUUAGCCACUCGGCCAUUGUGCAUUGAUUGUCUCAUGUUAAAAGUUCAUUUAAAGCACAAGCAUCAGGUCAUGCUUUUAGUCAAGUGCCUGCGAAAAAAACCUCACCAAGCACAAACAAAUAACUUUUUUUCCCUAAAGUAAAAAUUAGACAGCGAGAACAAAGGCCUCCUUUUGUGUCCACGAUGCACUGGGAUCCUUUUUGUCCCCUACUACGAGUGGUCAAGUGGUUCACCCUCAACUCACAGGUACGUCUACAAAUCAUCAUUGGUCACAGACAACACGCACAUCCCACGUAAAGGAUAUGAAUGUCAUGUUGAUAUAUCGAAAGCACAGCAAAAAGACUUUAAGCCCGGUGCACAACUCAAGACUGCUUGUGUGCGCCAUCCACACAACUUGCACGCCCCGCUCGAGUGGAAGUAGGUCAGUGAGAGAGUCGAGCGGCACACAGACAGGCGACGUCAUGUUGUGUCGUCUGGCACCGAAUUAAUAUCGGCUCACCUCGGCAACGCUGCGUCCGCUGCACUCACUGUUACUCACAUAGGAUGUCUUUUAGUGAUCUUGUCGUUUUCUUCAUGAGCCGUCGUGUACUGUGUAGUACUUUCCAUGCCAAUGUUUGUAUGUCAUUCUGAGAAUGUGCAUGCUUUUGUUUUCGACUUCUUUUGACUGCUUUUUUUUUUUUGGAUGACUUCUUCAGAAGUUAUGAAAUAAUGUGAAGAACUCAUGAAAAUGAAGGGCUGCUGGUGUGGAAUAAUGAUUGUAAUUUAAUUAAAAUGAAAUUGGAGAAAGAUAAGACAAACGUGGGUGGUUAAUAUAUGUUGAUACUGUAUUUCCGCAAAUAGUGGGGUGCGUUAUCCAUCGUCCUUGCAUUUUCUGUAGCCCAGUGGUUAUGCCAUAAGUGUUCAUUGAAAGUCAGCCAAUAAUUCGAUUCCUAAAAAGUAUAUUUAAUGUUGUUAUAAGCCAUAAUAUCAAGCACAGUGGGCCGGAUGAAAGGCCAAGCUGCCCGUACAUGGUCCACGGGCCGUACUUUGCCCACCACUCAUCUAACAUUCCUCAAACUGACCGCAAUAUCCUCUUAGUCAAGCACAUAAGAUGUUUUACUUGCCUUAUUGGAGCAUUGAUUCAAAAUUAGAUCAUCAGGUGUUCAAGUCCAAAACAGAUUACCACUCAGCCAGCCAAUGAGGGACGUGAUGAUGAUCCCCUCGACGGGAUCAUCUGAAGGAGAAGUGGCUGACACUGAAACACACCGCAGACUGCUGCGUGCGCACAGCGACACACGUACACACAAUUGGUGCUUUUCAGAUACUGGAGGAGAGAAACACUAGAAGGGGUUUGAUUUCUUGAUAAAACACCAAGCAGGUGAACCAAUCAUGUUCCGGCUACAAAAAGUGACCCUGACGGUGACCAUGUGUGUGCUGCUCUUAGCCUCUCUGACCCCUAGCUCGGAGGCCCGUCGUGGCGGAGGCUUCAGGGGCGGCUUUGGUGGCCGGAGGCCAUCCUAUAGACCGGCCCCUCCUAGGAGCAGUGGGCCCAGUGCGGGUAAAGUAGCCGGCGCCGCAGCAGCGGGGGCCAUUGGAGGAGCCAUGCUGGGCUCCGCCUUGAGCCGCCCCGGUUAUGGGUACGGCGGAGGGUACGGAGGCUAUGGGGGAUAUGGGGGCUACGGAGGAGGUUACGGCUACCCCCGACACAGUGGUGGCUAUGGACCCGGUCCUGCAUACGAGCCAGAGGGCUCUGGAGAUAUGGAGUACUACACCGGAGCGUCCAGUGGGCCCAUCUACAACAGCAUCAUCGUUGUGAUCGGCUCUCUGCUCUCUCUUGUCUUCAUUAUGUGAAGCUGGCACAAAGUCGCCCCUACGGCACAAACCUUGGAACUUUUAAUGGGCCACAUCUGCACUGAACCACCUUUGAAGACUGGAGGAGCUUGACCCAGGAACUAGUCUGCACCAAAGUCUGUUCAUAUGGUUACAGCAGCAGACAACUGUGCUUUGUACACAUGUAUACUGUAUGUAUUCAAAUGAAAAGACACACAAAACAGUCCCAAUGCUACUAUAUAGUUCAAAUUACACGAGCCAGCACUUUUGAUUGUGAAGACUCGAUCACAGGAAUUGUGAUCAAGCUCAGUCAAUCAUAGGGGUCUUAUUUGAGCACUUUAAUGAUUAUAAUGAUUAGAUGUGUAGUGAUCCUGAGUAGAUCUCAGGAUCGGAGGAAUAAAUAAGUUUUGUUCAGCUAAUCAGUACAAUGCUUGUUCAUAAUGAAUUUUUUAUAGUGUGAACAUGCUUUUUUUUAGCUGACUGUUAUGACAAUUGUGCUUUACUGUUGUAUAUCGUUCCACAAUUAAAGCCAAAUUACAAUCAA